AUGCUGGAGACCAUCUUCGCCCAGUCUGGCGCGGUCAAGCAAGGCGAGAUCCACAAAUACGUCGAGGAAUUCAUGCGUGUGGUGAACAAAGAUAACAGCGGCUUGGUGUCGUUCGAAGAGUUCGUCGAGGCGCUGGAGAACGGCCUCAAGCUCGAGGUGGAGGUGUACACGCCAUGUAGACCCAAGGCCUCGGCUCUGGUAGCCAGACCGGAGCAUGGGCUGGCAGCUAUCAAUGCGAACGAGGACGAUGCGGGAGAUGCGAGCGAGAACGACGAGUCGAAGGUCGCUGACGUGAACCCUGGCGACAAGAUUCAGUCCAAACUUCCACCUUUGGGUGUGCAGGAAGCGAAUGUCAACAAUUCGCGAGCCGCGAUGCCGUCACGUGAGAGCUAA